GUAAGACCAAGCUGUAGCACGGAUCACACAUAACAGACAAGCACUACUCAAGGGCACUCAGUGCUGUAUGCACCGGGGUUGCCUGUGUAGGUGCAGCAAUCAGCAACAGGGAUAAACGCUCUGAAACAUUACAAAAAAACUUUAAAAAUAUUUUUCACUAUCCACAAAGGAGAGAAAUGAAAAAGCGAGAGAAAAUGUUCAACUAACCGUUUCAAUAAGACCGUGGAAUACAAACCGUGGAAUAAAAAUAAGUUGAGUAGAACUGUGGUCUACGACAGGACACAUUGUGGAUCAUGGAGACCGUGUUUGGUGUGGACAUCCCUCUGCUUCUUCUCUUGUUGCCACUAGUGAUUCUACUCCUCUGUUGGAGAGCGGUGAGAUGGUACAACUUCUGGAGUUCAAGAGGAAUACCUGGACCUAAGCCCCAGCUUUUCUUUGGUAACCAAUGGCAGAUGCACAAGCAGGGUAUGCAAAAUUCUGUCAGGGAGUGGUCGAAAUUAUAUGGCCGUGUAUAUGGAAUUUUUAUGAACACCCAGCCCAUGCUCGUUACAAACGACCUGGACAUCAUAAGCUCGGUCAUGGUGAAGGACUUUGCUUAUUUCACAGACAGAUGUGACCAAUUUACGGACAGAAUUUUCAGCAAGACUGUUUUCUUUGCCCGGGGACGUGACUGGAGAAGGAUCAGAAAAAUAAUCACACCAAGUUUCACCUCCGGAAAACUUCGGCUGAUGGAGUACUUCAUCAACCGCUGUAGUGAGGUUCUAUCAGAAAACAUACAGGAGAUCGCCCGCUCUGAAGGCAAAAUAAAUGUGAGAGAGUAUUGUGGUACCUUCACCAUGAACGUAAUAAUGGGCACAGUUUUUGGAAUUCAAGUCAACUCCCAAAAAGAUUGCCAAAAUCAAUUUGUUACUAAUGCAGAAAUCUUCUUGGAAGGUGGCGGGGUGCAUAAAACCAUCUUUCAACAGCUGCUCACUCUGACUCCAUUUCUUAACCAUUUGGCUGUUUACCUUCAAAACCCAAAGAAGAACCCUCUCAAUUUCUUAUUGUCAGCCAUAGGACGCAUUGUGGCAGACAGGAAAGAAGAAACAGUUCCAAGGAAACAGACAGACUUUCUCCAGCUCCUUGUCAAUGCAGAAACAUCUGAAGACUUUGUAGACACUGCUGAGAAUGAAAAAUGCCUAACUCACGAUGAGAUUAUUGCUCAGAUGAUGAUUUUUUCCCUCGCUGGAUAUGAAACACAGCUACGACUUUGCAGUUCAUGAUCUACAACCUGGCUGUGUACCCGGAUGUCCAGCAAGAAUUGUUGACGAGAUUCAAGAGCAGCUUGGAGACAAACCACCAACCAGCGACAAUGUCAGUAAACUCAAGUACAUGGAGCAGACCAUUAACGAGACGCUGCGAUUGUUUCCACCUGUUGCAUCUGUGAAUCGAUUGGCUUCCGAAACAGUGACAUUGAAGGGUGUUACCAUUCCCGAAAGGAGUUGGAGUCCUCAUUCCUAUUUAUAAUGUCAUGAGAGACCUGAAUAUUUUUCAGAUCAGAAGUCUUCAGACCAGAAAGGUAAAAACACAAUCCAGGUAAUUCUGUCAUUAAUUAGUUUCUAAAGUCAGAGACAGAUCUUAUUGCUUUUACUUUAUGCCAAGAGCCAUAACAGGUUAUUACAAUUCUCAAAUACCCAAGGAUGACCCUUUACUCAUAGAACAUAUACUUGUCUAAGUGUCUAGCGUUUAACAUAAAUUUUUGUUAUUUACAGAUUUUCUAAAGAAGCAAAAGAUGAAAUGAAUCCUUUUUCUUUCUUGGCCUUUGGGUUUGGACCCGCUGUGUAUUGGCAAGCAUUUGGCUUUGCUGGAAAUCAAAUUGCCAUGGUGAAUGUGCUCAGGAGGAUUAAAUUUGUCAAGACAGAAGAUCUACCAGAAAGCUGACGUUCAAAUCAUCAGGACAUUCAGCUUGUACCGACCACCUCACUGAUGAUCAAAGCAGUACUGCGUGAUCCAGAGACAGUGCCAUAAUUAAACUGGAAAAUGCAUUCUUUAUUCUAGAAAGAGAUUGACAAAUUAUUGCGCACGGUUUAAUUUUUUUUUUUUAAUCCUUCUCCACUCUCCAGUCUCUCUAUGUCCUCUCUCUCUCCAUCGCUCACAAGCUAGAUACAUUUGUAUCUGUGGUAAAGGAAAGAAAAAAAGAAAUUGAGUGGCUAGUGUUGUCCUGCUUCCCACUGUUCAGUGCAGUGCCAGAACAUGAAACUUUAAUGUUGAAGACCAAAAUGACAAGUGCUGUCCAAUGACCAUCAAUGUAGCCAGACAUGAAAAAAUAAAAUAAAAAUAAAAAUAAAAAAAAUAAAAAGGCAAACAAAAUAAAUAAAUAAAUGUGCAUCUAUAAGGAAAUGGA